UUUUCAAACUAGACGAACGGUCAUACUUUUGAGUUCUCUCCCAAUUUGUGACGUGUCUGCGAUUAAUUUGUUAAAAAUCGCCUUUAUCCUUAAAUAUCCGUACAAAUAUCACAUAAAAUAGCAAAAUGGUGGAGCUGUCGAGCGUCAUUUCCAAGUUCUACAACGACUACGUGCAGAACACGCCCAAGAAACUGAAGCUGGUGGACAUCUACCUGGGCUACAUUCUGCUCACCGGCAUCAUUCAGUUUGUUUACUGCUGCCUGGUUGGAACCUUCCCGUUCAACUCCUUCCUAUCUGGUUUCAUCAGCACCGUCAGCUGCUUCGUCCUGGCAGUGUGCCUACGCCUGCAGGCCAAUCCCCAGAACAAGAGCGUGUUUGCCGGCAUUUCGCCGGAACGCGGCUUCGCCGACUUUAUCUUCGCUCAUGUGAUCCUGCAUCUGGUGGUCAUGAACUUCAUCGGUUAACAAGGCUACAAACAUACUGAUAAACUCGGAUAUAUUUAUAAAUAAAAUCUAACUCUAAUUGUA